CCUCCUCCACCUCUUCCACCUCCGCAGCAUCAGCAGCAGCAGGAUCGCAAGAUGGUAGCAGCGCACACUUCUUCGCAUUCGUCGGAAUCUGCCGAGUGGAUUAUUUGUCUGGACAAGAGACCAGCAGAGCGCUCCGGGGAAGAUGUUGACAUAAUCCUGGCCCGUCUGAAAACCGUGAAGGCCUUCAAGAGGUUUCAUCCCAGUUUGCUGCAUCAGAUUUGCCUGUGCGGUUUCUAUGAGUGCCUGGAGAAAGGGAUCACCUUAUAUCGACAAGGAGACAUUGGCACCAGCUGGUAUGCUGUGCUCUCUGGUUCGCUGGAUGUUAGAGUGUCUGAGACAUCAAGUGGUAUGGACGCUGUCACUAUAUGCACACUGGGAACUGGCAGAGCUUUUGGGGAGUCGAUCCUGGACAACACCCCUCGACACGCUACGAUUGUUACACGGGAAUUCAGCGAGCUCCUGCGCAUUGAACAGAGGGCUUUCAGGUCCCUGUGGGAGAAAUACCACCACUGCAUGGCUGGACUCCUGGCCCCACCCUAUGGUGUGAUGGAAAGCAGUUGCAGCGCUGACAGGAUGCCGGACAAAGAGAACAUAAGCAACAAUUCGUUUGUUUCAGUCUCCAAACAUCAGACCAAGAAGUCUUUCAUUGAAAGUCCAGCCAAACCCCACCCUAAAUGCAUUUCUCAGGUUCCCUCGGAGAAGAUCCUCCGUGCUGGGAAGAUCCUCCGCAAUGCCAUCCUGUCCAGGGCGCCGCACAUGAUCAGAGACAGGAAGUACCAUUUAAAGACAUACAGGCAGUGUUGCGUGGGGACAGAACUGGUUGACUGGCAGAUGCAGCAGGGCUCGUGUGUCCACUCUCGCGUUCAGGCUGUGGGCAUGUGGCAGGUGUUGCUGGAAGAAGGCGUUCUCAACCACGUCGACCAGGAGCUGGGCUUCCAGGACAAAUAUCUCUUCUACCGUUUCCUGGAUGACGAGCUUGAGGAUGCCCCUUUUCCCACUGAGGAAGAGAGGAAGGAGAGUCAAGAAGAGCUGCAGGACACGCUGCUCCUCCUCUCUCAAAUUGGGCCUGAUGCCCACAUGAGGAUGAUUCUGAGGAAACACCCAUCUGAAAGGACAGCAGAUGACCUGGAGAUCAUUUAUGAGGAGCUGCUGCAUAUCAAGGCCUUAUCCCAUCUGUCCACAACUGUAAAGCAAGAACUUGCAGGAGUGUUGAUCUUUGAGUCUCACGCAAAGGCAGGAACAGUGUUGUUCAAUCAGGGCGAUGAGGGCACGUCAUGGUACAUCAUUUUAAAGGGCUCGGUCAACGUUGUCAUCUACGGAAAAGGAGUCGUUUGCACUCUUCAUGAAGGGGAUGACUUUGGGAAACUGGCUCUCGUUAAUGACGCGCCCCGCGCCGCCUCCAUCGUAUUACGAGAGGACAACUGUCACUUCCUGAGAGUGGACAAGGAGGACUUCAACAGGAUUUUGAGGGAUGUGGAAGCCAACACUGUGCGCCUGAAGGAACACGGUCAGGAUGUUUUGGUGUUGGAGAAAAGUCUAAGCAGCAGUCGAACGUCUGUCCAAGGAUCCUCAGCCUCCCAUUACAAAUACAAGAUAAUGUCUGGGACGCCGGAGAAAAUUUUGGAGCAUCUCCUCGAAAUGAUGCGAUUGGAUUCUCAAUUCACGGAGUCAGACUCAGCUUUGGAUGACUUUGUGCUCACGCACUGCGUCUUCAUACCCAACAGUCAACUGUGCCCAGUCCUGAUCGCUCACUACCACGCCCAGGCUUCACAGGGCUCUGAGCAGGAGAUGCUGGACUACACGCUCAACAACAAGCGCAGGGUGAUCCGCCUGGUGAUGCAGUGGGCCGAUUUACAUGGAGAUCAGCUGCAGCAGGAAGACACCUCGCUGGCCUUUCUUGAGGAGUUUUUCAUGGCUGUGUCUAAUGAUGCCAAAGCACUUCCUGCCCUCAGGGAUCAGCUUACAGAGCUGGAGAGAAUUGUAAAGCACAAUGCUGAAGAUGCAAAAGCCUCACAGAAAAAGCACAAAGUCCUGCUGCGACAGUUCAGUAUGGGAGAUGAAAAGCUUCAGAGACGUCAGCCGAUCAAGAGCAAUGAUGAAAUUCUGUUCAAAGUCUACUGCUGCGACCACACCUACACCACGAUCCGGGCCUCCGUGGCGGCUUCGGUCAGGGAGGUCAUCAGCGCCGUGGCCGACAAGCUGGGGUCAGCGGAGGACCUGCUGCUGGUCAGCCUCAGCUCGGCAGGAGAGAAAACUGUCCUCAAGCCCAACGACAUGUCAGUGUUUUCCACACUCAGCAUUAAUGGACGACUGUUUGCCUGCCGCAGGGACCAGCUGGAUUCACUGACUCCUCUGCCUGAGCAGGAAGGCCCCUCUUCAGGCUCUCUGGCCAGCUUCGAGCUGAUGAGUUCCAAGGAUGUGGCUUACCACAUGACCUCUUAUGACUGGGAGCUUUUCCACUGUGUACAUGAGGUUGAACUCAUCUACCACACGUUUGGACGGCAGUAUGUUAAGAAAACCACCGUGAACCUGGACCUGUUCCUGAGGAGGUUCAAUGAAAUUCAGUUUUGGGUGAUCACAGAAAUCUGUUUGUGUUCUCAGCUGAGCAAAAGAGUGCAGCUCCUCAAGAAGUUCAUCAAGAUCGCUGCCCACUGUAAGGAGUACAGGAAUCUGAAUGCCUUCUUUGCUAUCAUCAUGGGGCUGAGUAACCCGGCUGUGUGCAGACUCAACCAAACCUGGGAGAAACUUCCCAGCAAAUUCAAGAAACUUUAUGGAGAAUUUGAAAACUUGAUGGACCCGUCCAGGAACCACCGAGCCUACCGACUGACAGUCAGCAAACUGGAACCUCCCAUCAUUCCUUUCAUGCCCCUGCUGAUCAAAGACAUGACAUUUACUCACGAGGGCAACAAAACAUUUAUCGACAAUUUGGUCAAUUUUGAGAAAAUGCGGAUGAUUGCCAACACGGUGAAGAUAGUGAGAUACUGCAGGAGUCAGUCAUUCUGUCCAGAUUCGGCACUGACCAGCAAGAACCACCCAGACGUCUGGACCUACGUGCGUCAGCUCAGCGUGAUCGACAACCAGAGGACGCUGACGCAGCUCUCUCACGGACUUGAGCCCCGCAGGUCCUGAAUCCACUCAGGGACUGAAGCGUUACGCUGCGUCACGGCGUGACGGGCGCUCACGCCGGUGUGAAUUCUCCCCCAAUACGAGCAAUCACAUGGAGGACCUAAUGAUGUGUCAGAUAAUGAGAUAUUGUUUCCGAAGCCGUUGCCUGACUUGUUAAGCCUUUUAUUACAGUAAUUUGUUACAUUUAAGCAACAGUAUUUGUUGGCGGGUGAAGCACCUCUCAUAUCACUGUCAUGCCGGUUUCACACCACGUCCCACUCAAACGUUUGAAGGAAUUACAGAUUCUAGUGAGAUCUCGUUUAUCAGACUGUUGCGUAACAUUUCACUGAUGCUUUAAAACUGCAAGGUCUCAGUGUUCCUCAUAUCCAGUCGUUUCGUAUCUUUUGUAUUGAACAGUAUUUAUACUAUUUAAGUUUGUGAUAUUUCUUUCUGUUUUAAAUUGUAUACAAAUAUUUAUUUUGACAUCAGCAUGCAGAGGUUUAUGAAUGUUCGACUUUUUAUUCACGUGGGCACAGUUCUCUUUGAAAGUCUGACAUAUCCUAAAUGUCUGAAAACUUUUUGUGUUGUAAAUAUUAAAUAUUUUAGAUGUA